UGGAGCCUUACGUAUCCUUGCGUUGCAGUGGUUCCAUGUAAGAAGAGCGUACUUAUCUUAGUUCCAUUGGAAGCUGCUCGCAUAUAUGGCAAGAAGAGGCCUCAUCGAGUGCUCGUGUCCUAUAUAAGGAAAACCUUCAGUACUGCAGUUUCGAAGCCCCAUCAGGUCGUCCCCCUCUGUACCAUCGUCGUCGUGCAUCCCGAAAGCUACCAUGGUCGACUGGCACUCCCAAGAGACGCUAGUCGCUAACGCUGAGUCAUUCAGCAAGUUCAUGCAUGUACUCUUUGGGCUCUACAUAUGGGAAUUCGUCAGUUCGCUGGAUUUUGACUGGCAGUUUAUCUCGGGCAAGAGGCGAUUCCGAUGGCCCCUGAUAUUCUACUUUUCUGGUCGUUACAGUUUGCUUUUCGCAUUGAUUGGAAUCUCUAUUGCGCUCAACGUGACAACCGAGGUUAAUUGUCAGGCAUUAUAUACCUUCAACCAGAUCUUUGGCAACACUGCAAUUGGCUUAGCCAGCAUCAAUCUGUCCUUGCGAACCAUGGCGGUAUGGUCGCAGAACAAAUAUGUAGUUACUGCCCUUGUUCUGAUCAUUCUGGGUCAUUGGUCAUUCCUCCUUCAUGGAAUCUUGUUGAAGGCUGCAUGGGUAGAUGGAGAGUGUGUUAUUAUCUACACGGAUAACCAAAUUCUCGCCAUCACCUUCAUCUACUCCAUGGCGUUUGACUUCAUAGUCUUGUGCUUAACCGGCUGGAAACUUGCGUUCCCGGCUAACGGUCGCUCCAAACUUAUCAAGCUCAUAUUUGGGGACGGCCUGAUCUACUUUGCUAUUGCAUUUUUGGCAAACUUGAUGGCGACGAUCUUCAUGCUCAUAAACUUGAAUGCAGUCCUAUCGAUCAUUGCGAAUGUCCCUGCUGCCAUCGCAUCAACGAUCGUAGCAUGCCGCGUCGUACGAAGGUUGACCAACUUUACCUCUCAAGGUCCAGAGGUUUUCACUUCCACCCAGGGCUCGACACUCGCAUUCAAGAGCAACGCUAGCACAAAUCGUCGCAUUUCUGUCAAGAAAGGCGACAGUGUACACGUCCAGAUGGAAACGUUCGCUAGUCCCGAUCGCUCGGUUGCCGAGUACGACGCCAGUGGCAAAAUCGUGAAAGACGACGAAUUCGAUCCCGAGGCACAGAUCAUUAGCAACGAGUUCAAGCGCCCGCCCUACUAGAAUGGCAUCGUAUCGUCCCGUACGACAACCGCAUAUUUAUCCAACCCACACCUCGUAUCCGCAUCGUCACCAAAAGCAAGAAAUACCGUUCAUCAUUGCACAUUGCACGUUGUUUUUACAACUCUCAGUAUUGCCUUCCUUUCCUAUAUUCUCAGUAAUCUCCCCGCUUGUCGUUCUUUAGACUCCCCAGUACUUUCUCUCGGCGAUCGGCGGGGAUUCCUUUCUUUUUAUCAUGUCUGGCGCGGUUUGCUCCGCCGUGUAUCGGGCCUCAGGCUGUUGUUGUCAGAUGACUUAUUGUGAAAACAAGAAAUACAACAGUAGUAGAAAUACGCCAGCAAGUGUACAAUCAACUUUAUCAACAGAAAAUGAAACUUAAUAGAGUUUUCUCUGACCUCCU